AUGGUGAAGGAUCUCCUGAAAAGAACGUUGGGAAAGGCUUCCCUCACCUUCGAGGAAAUAUCCACUAUCCUCUGUGACUGUGAGGCGAUCAUCAAUGCACGUCCUCUCACCUACCUAGCAGAAGACCCCGAACAGCUCGUACCUCUCUCUCCAGAUAUGUUUCUCAGAGAUCUUCCUGAUUAUGGAGUACCUGAUCUUGAUAAGGUGGACUCCACUUCUCUGAAUGCAAGAGUCAAGUAUCACCAGAGAUUACGAGAGGAACUACGUUCACGAUUCCGAAUUGAAUACCUUGGACAAUUGAAGCCACAUGGGGUCACCAAGCCAGCUGUCAUCGAGAUCAAGGAAGGAGACGUUGUAUUCGUGGGGAGUGACAACGUUAAGAGGCUGGAAUGGCCUCUUGCCCGAGUCGAUCAAGUAUUCCCAGGGAAGAAGGGGGAAAUUCGAGUUGUCAAACUCAAGACAGCAAAUGGUUAUGCCACGAGACCCAUCCAGAAGCUGUAUCCAUUGGAGAUGUCAAUGAGCGAGACUGAGGAAAUUCUCCGAGCUUCAGACGCUGAGCCAGAGAACUGGCAUACAGUGCCUUCGGCCUCUAAAUUUCGUCGUGCCGGCACCGAGAAAAAGAAGAAAUUGGAAACCAAAGCUGCUGAAGUCCUGCCAGGAGUGGAGGAUCGCAAGGUGCUAACUAGAAAUGGACGGGUGGUAAAAAAACCCCCGAGACUGAUAGAUUGA